CUCUCAAUUCCCUUUCCACUCCACAAACUCUCUCCCAUCAAAACUACUAACAGCUAGCUCUUUCUUUCUCUCUCUAGGUUCUCUCUCUCGCCCUGUUUCUCUCUCUAAACUUUCUGUUCAGCAAAUGACGAAGGACGUAGGGGUGCCGGAGCAAGGCUCCUUCUCCGCCAAGGACUACCACGACCCGCCGCCGGCGCCGCUCUUGGACCCGGUGGAGCUGACCAAGUGGUCCUUCUACAGGGCUCUCAUAGCCGAGUUCAUUGCCACUCUCCUCUUCCUUUACAUUACGGUUUUGACGGUGAUCGGGUACAAGAGCCAGACGGAUAACGCCGAUCCCUGUGGCGGCGUCGGCAUCCUCGGCAUCGCUUGGGCCUUCGGCGGCAUGAUCUUCGUCCUUGUUUACUGCACUGCCGGCAUUUCUGGGGGUCACAUUAACCCAGCAGUGACAUUCGGGCUGUUAUUGGCUCGGAAGGUGUCUCUGAUCCGAGCUGUGAUGUACAUGGUGGCUCAGUGUUUGGGGGCCAUCUGCGGUGCUGGGCUGGUGAAGGCCUUCCAGAGGUCACACUACAAGAGGUACGGCGGUGGAGCUAACGAGCUCGCCGAGGGGUACAGCACCGGCGUCGGAUUGGCGGCCGAGAUCAUCGGAACAUUCGUGCUCGUUUACACCGUCUUCUCUGCCACUGAUCCCAAGCGGAGUGCAAGAGACUCCCAUGUUCCUGUAUUGGCACCGCUUCCAAUCGGAUUCGCAGUGUUCAUGGUUCACUUGGCCACCAUUCCAAUCACCGGCACGGGCAUCAACCCUGCCAGGAGCCUUGGAGCUGCAGUGAUCUACGGCCAAAAAAAGGCGUGGGAUGACCAAUGGAUUUUUUGGGUCGGACCCUUCAUCGGUGCAGCCAUUGCAUUCAUCUACCACCAACUCAUCUUGAGAGCCGGAGCCGCGAAAGCUAUAAGGUCAUUCAGGAGCAGUCCCCACACCUGAUUUCUUAGAGAGAGAACUCAUACUUCCUUCUUGAUUGUGUUGUGGGAAAAUUGAAAAGGAAGAGAGACGAAAUGCGAAAAAGGAGAUGAAUAAUGGAUGAUGGAUGGUUUGUGCUAUGUAUGUAUUUUGGAGGUUUCUUUCUUGAGCUCUCAUUGUCUCUUGUUUUUUUUUAUUGUUCAUGACUAGAUGUGAAGACGGACAGUAUUUGAGGACCAUCAUGGAAAUGUAGAUAAAGUCUCUUUUGGAAAGGGAACCUUUUGUCUUAUCAACAUGUUUGUCUUGCUAUACUCUACCUUUCAAUCUAAUUUUAAACUAGUUAA